UUAAACGUCGUUGAAGCCGAUUCCACCGCACGACGAUCGCAAAAAAUCCCCCUUUCUCUCCGACGAUCCAUCUCGAUCGUCUUCCGAAACCCUGAACCUCCGAUCGAAGGAAUUCUUUGUGAAAGCUUCGAGGUUUCUCUCUACAAGGCCCAAUUUUUUUGAUCGCCGGUGAGGCACGAAGAAGCACUUGCGGGAUAGAAUUUGAGGCGAGAUGGUUUUGCAUCUAGACCUCAACUCCCUUCCAGUAGAGAGCCAUCUCUCAGAGGGGACUUCCGCUGUUUAUAACCCCUGCCAUACUACUGGACCACAGCAAGGAUCUUGCACCCAACCAAUUCCUUUGAUUGAUGCAGAUGAAUUAGAGGAUGAAGUUGUUGCUCUUUCGUCAUCAAUAGAUUUUUCCACGGGGAGGAGUCUUACCAAAAGGACCCGACCAGUGAUAGUGAUAUUAGAUGAUGAUCUGGAGUUAAAUAUGAGAAAUUCAGUCAUUGUAGGGGAACAAGUUGCAAGCUCAUCCUUGUUUGCUUGCAAGAGACCAUUUAGAAGUUCUAAUAGCAGGACAAGUAUUGACAGGGAUCCUUACAUCGAUUUAGAGGAUGGACAUGAUGCUAAGGUUAAUUUGACCAGUGAUCCUCCAAUUUACAUAUGGUACUGGCUUCAGUCAGAUGUUGGUAAGAAACUUUAGCUCAAUGCUAACUAUGAAUUAGUGUAAAAUCAGAAAACAAGACGUUUUUGUCAUGCCAAGACUUUGCGACAGAUAUUGUAGUCUUAUAGUGCAUUUGUCAGCAAUCUUUCAUCAGUAAGUGUUUUCAUCGGUAAGUGUUCUUACUAGUUGAUCCUCCACUCCCGAAAUCUCCAUCUUUAUGUUAGAUAUUGGCUGAGGCUAUUCACUAAAGAUUUUGAUAACUUCCUGCAGUGAUGACAGUCGUAGAAUUUGGUUUACUGGAAAAUCAGUUAUGCAAUUAAGCUCUUGAAACUGAUUGGUAGUGCUGGAAAGCCCACUUUUAGUCUGGAAUCUGGAACUUUAUUCAUCGUCAUUGUCAAACUGCUCAUGUCCUAACUAUUUGUGAAUCUUUUCCCUCUAUUGAGUUCUAUGCAAAUCUCAAGCACUUUUUUCUUGAAAAUUGCAGAGGAAGAGAUUGAUGUCCCCUGAGCCUGAGCCUCAGCCUCAGCCUGCAAAAGUAAUCGUGAAGCCCUACACUUGCCUGAUCUGCAUGGAGGAGUUGGUCGAAGCGGCGUCGACUAUUUGCGGGCAUAUUUUCUGUAUGACCUGCACAAAGACCUCCAUUCGGACACAGAAGAAGUGCCCAACUUGCAGGAGGAAACUUAACAUGAGAAAUUUCCACCGUGUUUACCUUCCUCAUUAAAACAAUCUCCAAUUGGGGCCUCUUUCAUUUUGCUUUUGAUUUUCUCUCUUUUUCUUUUUAGUUGAUAUUGUCUGCCAUUGCUUUGGAUAUGGAAGCAAUUAAAUAUGCAUUUAGAGUUCAUAGGAAAUGUGCAAAUGUAUUUGAGCUGUUGUGUUAUAUUUGAUUUAUAAGAAAAGGCAUUGGAUGUGCUUUUUGUGUGCAA